UUAAACUCUACUCCAUUUAACAAGCUAUUUUUGUAAAUAAAUUAUUGAAACAGAGCAUUUGGAAUUCUUUAUUAUCAGAAAUUCUUGACGAUGAUCACCUCAAUCUCGAACAAUUGAGCUCCCUAUCACCAUAACUUCCAUUGCAACACUUCAUGACAGUGAUAAAGAUUUUAGCAGAAUGAUCUGUUCAUUCAUUUGAAGUGAGUGAGUUAGUGAGUGGGGCUUCAAUUUGUUAUCAGUUUUAAUUUGUUUGGUGUUGCUUAACAAUUUUCAAUGGUACCUUUAUGAUUUCCUGGAUAUUUAAUUUCGCCCUUUUCGUGUAUUUAGUCACGUUCCUGCAUUUAUUUACCUUCAAAAUAUUAUUUCAGGCCAUAAUUAAUACACGCAGAAAAAUCAAAGAAUUCCUUUGAUUCGUAAAAUUUUAUCUCGCAAUAAAAAGGAGCACAUAUCAUGUGGAGGAAGAAAAUGGAACGGUAACGCCAAAAAACAUACCAGCGAUAUCAUCAAAGGUUCUGAGAAAGUUUAAUUAAGUUACGUUUUAAAAAUCAUCCACAAUCUCAUAGAUCUUAUUGAAGUAUUUUCUCGGUUAAUAUUUAAUGAUUUCCAUGAAAUACAAUGUGCAAAAUAUAACAUCAAUAGAGAUGUAAAUAAAUUAUUAAAAAAAGGUUUGAAUACAUUUUAAAUGGACGGUUACCACCUUUUAAAACCACCAUGUGAAUCAAAAUUAAAUGCAUGAUUAAUAUUUAGUUUUUUUUUUAGUAAUCGCGUUUACUUUUUGUGUGCUGCCUUGGUUUUAAUAUAUUGCACAAGCAGUGUCUAGAAAUGGGCACUGGAACAUCUACGAACAAGAGCACCUCUCAUUUUCCAGUCAACUAUAUUGGCAGUGGUGAAGCAUGUAAUGAACCAGUUCAGCAAGUCCAGCCCAACGUUGCUUUGGAUAAAGGUAUGAUCAAACAAGAUGUAAAAAUAAAAAUUACCGAAGAUGAUGAUUAUCUUGAACCAGUAUCACAUCAAAGGAAAAAAGUUAGAAUAAUCAAAAAAAUUCAACUGAGUAGAAUUAUUAAAACUCCUCUUAAAAGAAGAUAUAAAAAAAAAUUAUCGAAUUCUGAAAAUCUUCUGUCAAUAACUUACGCGGAAGCUUCAAAACUUCAACCUAAAGAUCCAGCAGAAAUGUGGAAAAUUGUGAAACAAACUUCAGAUAAAAAACCCAUUCAAGUUGAACCCACAAAAAAUCGCAAAGGUUGGAGAACAAUUCGUAUUUUUGUAUCAAGUACAUUCAAGGACUUCCAUCAAGAGAGAGAAGUUUUGGUAAAAGAGGUAUUCCCGGAUUUACGACUGUGGUGCGAAGAACGAAAACUUCGACUUGUUGAAUGUGACUUAAGAUGGGGUGUACCAAAAGAUUCUACAACAGAAGAAACCAUCAAAAUAUGUUUAAGUGAAUUAGACCGCUGUUAUGAAGAUAAUGUUGCACCUUUCUUUCUUAAUUUAGCAGGAGAAAGAGCUGGCUGGAUUCCAAAUUUUGGCGAUUUGACUUUAAAUUUGGCAGCACAAUAUGGCUGGAUAUAUGGAUUAUCAGUGACGGAAAUGGAGAUUGUCCAUGGUGCUUUCAGAAAGCUCAACCCAAAUGCUUUAUUCUUACUCCGAGAACCAGAAAGUAUCAAAGAUCUUCCGGAAUCUAUAAAAGAUGAUUUUCUGGACAACAACGAAAAUUGCAUUAAAAAAUUGAAGACUUUAAAAACCAUAAUUACUGAAACUUUUGAGGGAGAUUGUGUCUACCUUUACAAGGUAAAGGGGAUGUUUAAUCGUGGACAAGUCGAGUUUAAAGGAUUAAGUGGAGAUUCACAAUUUUCACAAAAGGUAUAUAACUUCUUUAAAACAAGAAUUGAAGAAUUAUAUCCAUUAGAUCCAACUCCACAGGAUCCACUUCAAGUACAGAAGGAAGCACACGAGACUUUCCUGGAUAGUCGUUCACAAUGUGUACUUGGAAGAGAUAAACUAAUUGAACAAAUAAAGAAUUAUGCAUACACAGAUGAUGGAGUAUCACCAUUGCUAGUCAUUGGUACAGCUGGUGCUGGAAAAUCAGCUCUAAUGGCAAAAUGUGCUGCGGAUACAGUAUACAUGGCCAGUGCAGAUAAAUUAACUGUUCCUAGUGGCUUUAAGAAAUGGAGAGUAUUUUUUCAUUUUGUUGGUGCUACUCCUGGAUCAACUGAUCUUGCUUUUUUCCUGCAACGUCUUACUAAAGAAGUCAAACCAGAUAUGAAAGAUAUUGUUAGCGAUUUGGAGACAUUGAUACAACUCAGCAACAGUUUGUUAUCAAAUCCGAACACUGAACCAAUUAUAAUAUUCAUUGACGCUGUAAAUCAGCUUGAUGAAGAUAAACAACAAUUCAUGAGUCGUUGGCUGCCAGACAAUUUAUCUCCAAAUGUUCGUGUUAUUGUUUCAAUGAUUGAAAGUACUCCAAGUCAUCAAAUGUUGCGUUCUUACAAACCAUCACCAGUUGAAAUUAUGUGUGGCCCGCUGGACAUGGAUUCAAGAAAGGAAAUUGUCUGCAAUAUAUUGAAGAUGUACAAUAAGCGAUUGGACGAUGAGCAACUAAACACUUUAGUAGCAAAGAAAGGCUCAAGUAAUCCUCUGUGGUUAACACUGGCAUGUGAAGAAUUAAGAGUAUUUGGAAAGUUUGAGGAACUUAUUGGAAAGAUAGAAACGCUUCCUGAUGAUCUGAUUGACCUUGAAAUAGAUGUAUUUUCUCGCUUUGAGACGGAAACUGGUGGUCUGUUGAUGAAAGCAACAUUAUGUUUACUUGAAGUUUCAAGGCAUGGUUUGCUCGAAACAGAAUUGUUAGCUUUACUUGGAGAUGACAAUAAUAUCAAAUGUCCUGAUUAUGUUGAGGGUGAAGAAGAAGAAGUUAUCAAAAAAACGGAAGAAGUGACUGCUCAAUCAAUAGCUCCAUGUGAUACAGAAAAAGAAGAUGUUGAGAAUCUUACUGAUAAGUUUUCGAAACUCGUUGAUGAAGGUUAUGUUAUAAAAGAAGAAGAACAGAAUGCGAAAGUUAAGCGACCAAAGGGUAAGCAGGUAAACUUUCUACCUGCUAGAGACUGGGCUAUUAUUUACCGUAACUUGAAACAACUCCUCAGACCAUGUGGUGAUCUUGGAGAAGGACGGCUUGAUUUUUACCACAGAUCUCUCAGCAAGGCUGUAAGAAGAAAAUAUUUCCAGGGCAGUGAAGGAUUUAAAAAACAUAUGUACAAUUUUUGGCAUGGUGUGUUAGCUGGAUAUUUCGAAGGAGUUGAUGAUAUGGAUAGAAAAGCUGAAGAACUACCAUAUCAUUUGGAGCAGCUUUUGGACAACAAUCGAUUAAUACGUUGUUUGUUAGAAUGGCCAGUGUUCAAUCGACUUUAUAAUGAAGAUUUCAGUAUUGAUUUGCUACGCUCAUGGCAAAAGGCUGGUGGCUAUGUAGUUGCAUCUGCUUUGUACAGAGAAUCACUUGUUGUGUUAAAAGACUCUAGAAUGCCAUUAAUUGAUUAUGUAGAGCAAUUGGAAAGCGUUGGAAUGUUUCUCAUUCAGGCUGGCCAAUACACGGAAGCAUAUGAGAUAUUAGAAGAGCGAGUCAAACAUGAGACUGAACAGCUUGGUUCACGUGUAGACGAAUUAGCUGACGUUUAUCAGAUGAUGGCGAAGUGUAAGAGUGAGAUUGUAAAGAAUCACAAUUUCAUCACAAUGUCGCAGCUUGCAGAAGACGAGGAGGUCGUGGAGUUAUGUCAAAAAAGCCAUGAUUAUCGAAAAGAACUGCAAGGAGAAAAACAUGAGUUUAUGAUGGCGCUUAACAAUAUUCUUCUUUGUCAUCAUCUGGCAAUUAUAGCUGAUCUAAAGAAAGAUGAUACAUAUCGAACUGAAGCAUUUGAAGUUAUCAAUGAAGCUAUCAGAGUUUUUCAACAGAUAAAUGAUAUUGGGCAUUUAGCGGAAGCUAUCAUGACAAAAUCUUUCAUCAAUCCCAGAGAUAAAAAAUACUUUGAAGAAAAAGAAAAUCAACUCAAGAAAUCGUUUAAGUUGUGUUUAAAGGCUUAUGGUAAGGGACAUAUGUUAUAUGUAAGAUUGUGUUUAAACAUUGGAAUACUUUAUGAAGAUGACAGACAAUAUCAAAAAGCGUAUGAUUAUUUUGUGCAAUGGGAUGUUGCUUGCAAGGAGGUACUGGGACCAAGCCAUCCGAAGGCUAUUCGUGCAAAAGAAACUUUAAACGAACCAAUGUAUAAACGUAUAAGAGAUCAAAGAGAACGCACAGCAGCUGGUACGGCUUAAUAAUUUUGGCAUCACUAAUUGAAUAUGUAUGAUGGCUCUUGCAAUGCAAUUUUCCAUUAUCUGAUGUUAGAAAAUUUACUUCACAAUACUUAGCGAGAUGGUGCUUCAGAGUGACACACAUUUUACUUUUAAUAUAACGUAUUUAGUUAUACAUUUGUUUUUUCCCAAGAGAGACAUUAUUUUUGAAUUUU